AUGAAUACCUCACCAAUGAGUGUUAGUUCUGCUUCACCCAACGGACCAGAUGUAAACCUGUUACCAGCAAGAGACCUAGGUGAAUUUACUGAAAACCCUUCAAUACAGGAGUCGAACCUAGAAGCAGUCAUUCCUAGUCCGGCCACUUACAUAACAGACACACCAGACACACCCACAUUUCAAAUUAUCAAAGGUGGAUCAGCAAAGGGAUCUGAUAUACUCGUAGAAAACGAAGGAUACACAUUUGUCAAAGAUGGCAAACCAAACAGGAACAGCCAACAACGCUGGAGAUGUAGCAUCAGGACCAAGACAGUGAAGUGUCUUGCUUCAGUCAUGCAAAACGGCAAUGAAUUUAAAAGGGGCGCUCAACCGCAUAGUUGUCCAAUUAAAGAAUCUGCCCUGCAUACUGCCAAAAUAAAACUUCACCUAAAGAAAGAAAGUAAAGCUCGACCGUUUGCCUCUGGUUCAACAUUAGUAAAAGAAGCAUUGCUGAAGCACCUCCCGUCAGAUGCACCUACAACUUCUCUGCCGUCUAUGGGAGCACUAGUACGGUCAACAAAUCGGCAACGGCAGAUCAGACGGCCAAAGCAUCCCACUGACCUUUCCUUCGAUUGGGUGCAAGAAGCAUUACCAGAGAACUUUGUACAGCAGGACUUGAGAGUUGGCGCAGCACGUCAUGUAGUAAUGUUCACUACACUUCUGCUUAAUUUACUUGUUAAUGCAAAAACUUGGUACGUGGAUGCCACGUUUAAAGCUGUAAAGAAGCCGUUUCAGCAACUUUGGAGUAUCCAAAAAUUUAUUCAGCAAAAUGAUGCCAUGAAACAGAUCCCACUGGUAUUUGUACUGAUGUCUCGCCGUAUGAAAGAUGACUACAUGAGUGUGCUUAAUUAUCUGCAGGGGAUUUUGAUUAACUCAUCUGUACAGUGUGUCGUCAUGGACUUCGAGGCGGCUGUAUGGGGUGCCUUCAGAUCAGUUUUUCCAGGAGUGAUCUUGCGUGGUUGCAGCUUCCACUGGGGGCAAGCCGUUUGGAGGAAGAUCCAAGAUUUAGGUUUGGCACCAACCUAUAGAGAGAAGCGAAGCACGCAUAAGUUUUUACGGGAACUAAUGUGUUUACCGUUUCUUCCCUUUGAACAUAUCCCACCAGUUUUUAAAGAAUUUUUGGAUCUUCUUGAGCCUCACCAUCCACAAGCACUCCAUCAGCUUCUACAGUACAUUGAAGAAACAUGGAUCGAUGGACCAGUGUGGACACCUGAAAGCUGGAGCGUAUUUGGGCAAAGUGUGAGGACCAACAACGACGUUGAAGGUUGGCAUUACCACUUGAACCACAUAUGUGCACGUGAAAAUGUAAAUAUAUAUGUGCUAAUUGAAGCUUUGCACAAAGAGUGCACAUUCAUUUCCACACAGUGCCAACUAGUGGCUGAUGAAAAAUUACGCCGGUACCAGAGAAAAACCUACAUAAAACACCAACAAAAGAUUUUUGAACUGUGGGACCAGUACAGAAUGAAGGAAAUAACGGCUACAAACAUGUUAAGGAAGCUUUCCAACUUCAUCAGACCAGCAGACUGUUUAAAUAAUAUCUGA